CACACACGCACGGGACACGUUACCGGGGCCGAUUCUACACCCUUCGCCGUGUCAAACAGUCGAGGUCCCGAUCGGCCGUUCAGCCGAAUAUUGCAAUCGUUGUCACCGCUGAAGUCGUGAGCUUUUAAAAAAAGAAUUGCCUCGCGUUACAGUUGGUUACCUGCGAGAUCGUCUGUAGUUGCUUUGGAUUAUAAAAAAGUGGGGGUUUGUCCUUUACGCGUGAGAAGUGUCCACCGCUGCCAAUUCAGGUGGACACGCAAAGCCCUUCGCAGUCAAUGUUCUUCGGAGGACUAAGCAUACUGAAGUGUUAUGAAGAGCGGAUGCUGGAGUAAUUGAAUUGGGAGAAGCAAGCCGAGUGAAGAAGAGAAGACUGCCUUGAGGAUUUGAGAGAGGGAGAGAGAAAGAAGAGAGAGAGUGAAAGAAAGAAGAGAGAGAGCAAGAGAGAGAGAGACAAAGGAAGAGAAAAAGAGUUCUUUUUGGGAAGAGGAGGGAGAACCAACAGAGGAACCAUGGGGAGGAAAAAGAUUCAGAUUGCACGGAUUAUGGACGAGCGCAACAGACAGGUGACGUUCACCAAGCGCAAGUUUGGCCUGAUGAAGAAGGCGUACGAGCUGAGCGUGCUGUGCGACUGCGAGAUCGCCCUCAUCAUCUUCAACAGCACCAACAAGCUGUUCCAGUACGCCAGCACCGACAUGGACAAGGUGCUGCUCAAGUACACCGAGUACAACGAGCCACACGAGAGCAGGACCAACUCCGACAUCGUGGAGACUCUGCGGAAGAAGGGCCUAAAUGGCUGUGACAGCCCCGACAUCGACGCCGACGACUCCGGCCACAGCCCCGAGUCCGAGGACAAGUACCGCAAAAUCAACGAGGACAUCGACCUGAUGAUCAGCAGACAGAGGCUGUGUGCCAUCCCCCCCUCUAACUACGACAUGCCAGUGUCCAUCCCCAGCAACCCCAACAGCCUGCUGUACAGCCACCCUGGGAGUUCCCUGGGCAGCCCCAACCUGCUGCCGCUGGCCCACUCCUCCCUGCAGCGCAACAGCAUGUCCCCCGGGGCCACACACAGACCCCCCAGCGCCGGCAACACAGGUGGCCUGAUGGGCGCGGACAUGACCGGUGGUGUAGGCAGCGCUGGUAACGGCUAUGGUAACCACCGUAACUCCCCUGGUCUGCUGGUCUCUCCAGGAAGUAUGAGCAAAGGGAUGCAGGCCAAGUCCCCGCCCCCAAUGAGCAUGAACAUGAGCAACCGCAAGCCAGACCUGCGUGUCCUCAUUCCCCCUGGAUCUAAAAACACCAUGCCUUCCAUCAAUCAGAGAAUAAACAACUCCCAGUCUGCCCAAUCAUUGGCCACCCCUGUGGUCUCCGUAGCAACCCCCACACUGCCAGGGCAAGGGAUGGGAGGAUACCCGUCUGCCAUAUCCACCUCCUACGGUACAGAGUACUCUCUGACCAGUGCGGACCUGUCCUCGCUGUCGGGCUUCAGUGGCUCAGGCUCUCUGCACCUGGGCUCCAUGAGCGGCUGGCAGCAGCAGCACCUGCAGAGCAUGCAGCACUCCUCCAUGGCUCACCUGGGAAAUUGCACUAGCACUCACUUAUGUCCGAGCUCAAACCUGUCCCUGCCCUCUGCCCAGAGCCUGCACAUCAAGUCCGAACCUGUUUCUCCUCCUAGAGACCGGGUGGGGCAUCAACAGGGGGGGUAUGGCGCACAGCAGCUCCCGCCUCCCCAACAGCAGCAGCAGCAGCAGCCCAAUCACCACCAGGCCCAAUCCCAGCAUGCCGCGGGGCGCCAGGAGGCGGGCCGUUCCCCGGGCGACAGCCUGAGCAGCUGCGGCAGCUCGUACGAGGGCAGCGACCGCGAGGAGCAGCAGCAGCAGCAGCAGCAGCAGCGCAGCGACUUCCACUCGCCACUGGGGGCGCUCCGGCCUCCGCAGGAGGAACACGAGAGCCCGUCCGUCAAACGCGUGCGCUUGUCCGAGGGAUGGGCUUCCUGAUGGCCACGGCAACGAUUGCCACUGCCACUUUCGCAAGAAUCCUACCACUCCCCUCCCCAAACCCUACAUCCCAAACCCCGUACCCCAACAUCCCAACUUCCUCAUAACCCACCCCCUACCAAUCUCCUCAGGGAGGGCUUCAUAUCUGAAAUGUAUCUUUAGUAUUAUAAUUAUAAUUAUUAUUAUUAAUAUUAUUAUUUUUCUCUGCAGAGUGCGAGUGCUAUUAUGUAUUAAAGUGGUAUAUAUGUUGCAGGGUGGGAC